AUGUUCAAGAAAAAGACCGAACACGAUCCAUUCGGACAAUAUCUCAAUAACGAACCGGAGCCGGUCCAAAAGGGGUUUCUACAAAAAGUAGUGUCUCGUAGCGAGACCACUGCUGCAGAACAAGACGCCGCCGCCAAUUCCAAGUACAAUUCACCCUUUAGAAACUCGCAACAACUGGCAGCGGCCCAAAAACGUAAAUCUCAGAAAUUUCCCACGGUUUCCGCUUCGGGACCAGGGGUCACGGGACCGGACCUUGGGUACAAAGUGAUCGAUGCUGCAAGGAAGCGUGCUAAGGAUAUUGCAGUACCCCGGUAUCUGCAAGGAAACGAUGAACGUCAACGUCGCAAACUGGACAAAUUGGAACGCAAAGAAGACUCGUUGCAGUACAAGAAGGACUCGCAAAAGAUUGUGGACGUGCGAGAAGCGGACAAAAAACAGGAGCAAGACGAACAAUCGGACGUUCCAGAGCCUGUGGUCGAGACCGUGGCCGAGCCCGUGGCCGAGCCGGUGGUUUCGCAAGACGCUGAGCAGGACGUUGCAGCGAAGGAGAGCCCAGCUGGUGUAGAAGCAGAGGCAACAGAAGUGGAAUCGUCGGCGGCAAUUGCUCAAAACAAGGUUCCGGAAGAUACAAAUGAGCUUUCGGAGCCCGUAACUGAGCCGGUAACUGAGCCGGUUUCCGAACCACUUGCUGAGCCGGUUUCCGAACCACUCGCUGAACCACUUUCAGAGCCCAUUGUCAACGACUCGGAAUUGCUGGGUGCAGAAGUGCCAGAAGGUGUGGACACCACCGCUGCAGUAAUCGCUACAGAAGAACCAGAGAGUGAAGCCCCUGCUGUCGCAGCGGCGGAGGAGACAAAGCCCGUUACCAAAGCUUCUUCCGUAUCAGCCGGAUCUGAAUCUGCACCUGCAGACGCAGAUAAUGAACCCACUACAACUGCAGGUUUAACGAAGCCAAAGGAUAUCAAAGAAGCGCCACGCGUGCCUUUCGCAACCGGGAUCUUUGCUCUGUGGACCAGGUCCGACAAACGUGGACAGCCCGUAGCUUCGCCUAAUGAUCCCGAGUUUAUCGUCAGAUUCGACAAGGGUUACAUGUCAAAAGCUCUUUACGAUACUUUGGAAUACGAAGAAGCUGUCCACAAGCAAGAAAUGGCAAAUUACACAAAGGAAAGUGAUGCCAAAUACGAUGCCAAGGCCCAGGAAUACGAAACUAAUUUGACCUCUUUGAGAUCCCAGAUUUCUGAACUCGAGGCCAAAAUGGACCAGCUCAGAAAGGAAACUACCGAAAAGAUCAAGUUGAGCGACACCGUUUUGACCACUAAAAUGAUCGAAUCUAACGCUGAACACAGUAACGAGAAGAACCAGAUUUUCAAGGAAACAGAAAACAUCAAGGCUUCUAAGGUUGAAGAAAAAGAAUCAGUCGAAGCUAAUCAAGAAGAAAGAAAGCAAGAAAUCGCCGAACUGGAGAAGCAAAAGGCCGAGUUCGAUGCCGAUUUCCAGGUUCAUCAAUCGCGUGUGGACGAACUCACUUCGCAAUUAGAUGCCAAAUUGGCAGCUAUCCAAGAGUUGAAUGCCCAGCAAACUGAAGUCCAGAAUUCUAUUGACGCUUUGACAGAACGCAAGGAAGCAUUGGUGGCCGAGGCAAAAGAACAUGAUGAUCUGCAUGCAUCGAACGUUGCCGUGUUAAGCAGCAUUGAAAAUAAGGAAUACUUGCCUCAGCUCAACGCCAUCGACGCUAAAAUUUCGGAUCAUCUAUCUUCCUUGACCGUUAUCAAGCAAGAGACAGCAAACCAGGAGGCUGAAUUUGCGGUUGUUGCCAAACGCUUGGAAGAGGAAAAUGAAGAACGCAAAGAAAAACUAAGACAAGAAGAAGAGGCUCGCAAACGCGCGGAAGAGGAGCGCUUGCAAAAACAACGUGACGAGCAUGACGAACAAGUCUUAGUGAUGCAACAAGAGCAUCAGCGUCAGCUGGAAGAGGCCAACCAGCAAGCGCUAGAAGCCCAACAGGAGCAUCAGCGCCAAUUAGAAGCGGCAAACGUCGAGGCAGCGCGCUUGGAACAAAAUUUGCAAGACCAGCGCGAUCAGAGUGCAUUGCACGAAAGAGAGAACGUGAGACUUCGCGGCGAACAAGCUAUCAAGGAGCAAGAAGAACUGCUUCUUGCUGACAAGGCUUUAGAGGAGGAGAUGAAAGCCAAAUCUCACAGCAGAGCUCAAGCUCUGGAUGCUGCAGAGACUGUUCAACAGAAAAACGCAGCAGAAACCAGUGCAAAAAACAAGGCUUUGGGCGAGACCAAGUCUGCGUCGGAUGUUUUGCGCAACCCAGCUAAUAACGCUACUAAGGGCAGCUCACUGUUUGAAUAUUUCACUGAAAAGGAGAUCGCCUAUGUCAGUCCCAGCCAGAGUCGCGCUUGA